UUGAAUAAUAUCCAUCGCUAAUUAGCUAAGCUUUGGAGAUUACAGCACUUUGUUUCUUUGUCUAUCUAUUUCUAAACUGCCUAGCAAAACAUAAGCCGAUCGGAAAUCGGAAUGGCGGGUUAUGAUGAAGAACAACUUGGAGUUGGAGGAGAUGAGCUGUCCCUUGUCCAUCCAGACCCUGUUGUGUUAGAGCUCAAUCGGAUGCACAACCUACUCAAAGAAAAGAGUCGGGAGUUGGGGAUUGCUCAUGGUGAGAUCAAGGCUCUCAGAGCUACCGAAGUUCAAAAGGAUAAGGCUGCAGAAGAGCUCAGAAAUGAAGUACAGAAAUUGGACGAAAAACACCGAGUCACAGAAAGUCUUCUCCAGCACAAGAAUCUUGAAAUCAAGAAACUAAUAGAUGAGAAGAGAGAUGCAUUGGCUGCACAAUAUGCUGCUGAAUCAACUCUUAGAAGGGUACAUGCAAAUCGAAGGGACGAUGAAUCUCUUCCUCUCGAGUCUUUCAUUGCUCCUCUAGAAGCUGAAAUCAAAAUGUACAAGAAUCAGAUUGCGGCACUUCAGGAGGAUAAGAAGGCGUUGGAACGCCUUACCAAGACAAAAGAGUCAGCUCUUCUUGAAGCAGAACGGAUAUUGCAAAGUGCACUAGAAAGGGCUCUAAUAGUUGAAGAGGUUCAGAACCAAAACUUCGAAUUGAGGAGACAGAUUGAGAUCUGCCAGGAGGAAAACAGAAUCCUCGAAAAAACAAACCGCCAAAAGGUUUUAGAGGUUGAGAAGCUUAGUCAAACCAUUCAGGAACUUGAGGAGGCCGUUUUAGCUGGUGGGGCUGCAGCCAAUGCUAUUCGUGACUACCAACGACAGGCAGAAGAAUUACAUGAGGAGAAGAGAACUCUGGAGAGAGAGCUAGCAAGAAUUAAAGUUUCAGCAAACCGGGUAGCAACUGUGAUUGCUAAUGAGUGGAAGGAUGACAACGACAAAGUUAUGCCCGUGAAACAGUGGCUGGAAGAGAGAAGACUAAUGCAGGGAGAGAUGCAACGGUUGAGAGACAAGCUAGCUAUAUCGGACAGAACAGCGAAGGCAGAAGCACAACUCAAGGAAAAAAUGAAGUUGAGGUUAAAGACGCUCGAGGAAGGGUUAAAGCAUGUUUCGAGCUUCUCCUGUAAUCCUAAUUUAUUUUGUGGUUCCCCAAAACCUGAAAAAUCUAGUAACUUCUUAGGAUUUCUGACAAGCAACGGUGGUUCAGCAAAGAGAUCGACAUCACAGCCGCGGGGUUCCACGGUCAGUAGAAGCUCUCCACAGCGACAGCCACAUUCAGACAACGAAACAGCUGGAGGGCUAAAAAGAGCGACCAGCUUUAGAAAAAAAUAUGGUUCUGGAGAAAAUAUGUUGAAGAAAAGCUUAUGGGCAUCUAGAAGUAAAGUUGUUGAUAGUGGUGAAAAGGAGAACACAGAAAUGAAGGAAAAUACUAAUACUGAUACUGAAAACAACAAUGAUAAAACUGCUGCCGCAGACAUUAAAGCUGCAGAUGGUGGCAAUGAGGAUUCGCACAACAAGAUAAGUACCAACCCUGAAAGUGAAGAUAUGGUCUCCGGUUUUCUCUACGAUAGGCUUCAGAAGGAGGUCCUAAACUUAAGGAAGCAUUGCGAAGCCAAGGAGAGCGAUAUGAAUGCUAAGGAUGAAGAAAUAAAGAUGCUGAUGAAAAAGGUGGAUGCGCUGACAAAAGCCAUGGAUGUAGAGUUUAAGAAAAUGAAGAGAGAAGCAGUGGCUAGAGAUAAAGAAACUGCAGCAGCCAAGUAUAUGGAUGAAAACAAAAAGAGCAGAAAUACAAACUCCUCUAAACGGUGCGUGACAAAUUUGGUAGCAAAAGCAUCUUGAAAGAAAGCAGGGAUUCACCAAUGAAAUAGCUACUUGAAAUAAUAUUACGAUCCUAAAAGGAGUGAUGAGUUUGUUCAUUUUAGGUUGGUGUUUAUUGUGUUUACCUAGGCUUGAUGAAUUCUACAUAAAGAAAAUGCGAAAGUUCAUUUUACAUUAGAAGGCUUGGCUGCUCCUCAAUAUACUUUGUGAUUGAUUCACGAAACUUCAUGUUUAUAAUUAGAACUGUUCAUAUUAUACAUUGCUCUGUAAAUGUCAUCAUUACAAAAAAAUCAAUUUAAAGUAAGAUCCUUUUUUUUUUGUAAGUAAGAUUAUUCAGUCAAUCAACAGUAGUGAGUAGAUAGACGUUUUGUAAUUCUUUGACAUGAUCAAUCCAUAUGUUAUUAUA